AUGAACCAAGACGAACAAUUGUACAAAGAAAUCUAUCCCGUGAAGUAUUUUCGGGACUAUUUACAACACAACAUUCGUCCGGAUGGGAGAAAUCUGCUUGGAUCGCGCCCUUUGCAAUUAAAUGUCAAUUCAAUUACCACAGCGGAUGGUUCAGCAACAGUUAAAUUAGGGAAUACUGUCGUUGUUUGUGGCAUAAAAGCUGAGAUUGCAACUCCAACAGUAACCGAGCCAGAUCAAGGAUAUUUCGUUCCCAACGUCGAAUACACUCCUCUAUGCUCUCCAAAGUAUCGUCCGGGAGCUCCGCCCGAAGACGCGCAAGUUUGUAGUCGCACGUUAUUCGAUAUUUUGACAAAUUCCAACUGCCUCGAUGUCAAAGACCUCAAAAUAAUUUCGGAAAAGUUCGUUUGGACCCUUUAUUGUGACGUCGUUGUCCUGAAUGAUGACGGAUGUGUGCUCGAUGCUGCUGUAAUUGCGGUCGUUGCUGCCCUGAAAAACACAAAAUUGCCAAAAAUCGAUUACGAUUUGAGUACGGAGCAGGCAAGCGCUGAUGAAAAGACAAAAAUUCCCUUAAAAGUGAGUUCUUUGCCCGUCGCCACGUCUUUUAUGAUCUUCGAUGACAAAGUAAUUGCCGAUCCAACCGCAGAAGAAGAGAAAUUAUCAGCAGCUUGUAUCACAGUAGCGAUUUGUAAUUCGGAAUUGAGCUUUUUGUACAAGCCAGGAGGCGAACCCGUCGAACCUGAGAUGCUGGAAAAGUGCAUUAAACAAGCAAAAAGUCGCGAAAAACUCGUUUUGGAGCUCCUAACAAAAGUUUUGAACCAAAAAACGUGAAAUAUAUGCGGAAAUUUAUUAA